AAAUAAAUCCUUGAAUAACGGACCAUAAAAAUGUAUAAAACAGCCUACCGAUCAUAAAACCAUCAUCGAUAACACAAACCCUUGAGAAGAUCACAUGUCUAUCUAGUUUGAAUAUUUAAAAUUACUAGAUGUUCAAGAUGCGCUGUUUGUAUGUGUUUUGUUUCAUAAUGUUAGUGGCAAAUGCUUUACCUAUAGAUAAGGACAGUGAAGCAAAAAUAACAUCUAAUGAGUAUGUCAUCGACGAAACUGGGAAUUACAGAUUCAGUUUUGAGACAUCAAAUGGUAUUACGAGAGAUGAAAUAGGGACAAUUGUCAAUAAGGGUCAACCUAAUGAGUAUAUUUCAGUAAAAGGUCGAUUUAGUUACAUUAACACAGAAGGGAUACAAGAAUUUGUUGAAUACUCAGCUGAUGAGAACGGGUACACCAUUUCACCACCGAUCCGGGAAGAACCUAUAUCUGGAGUACCUCCAAGCCUUGUCGCAUCGCUACUUGGAAAAUAAGGCUCUAGAAAAAUUAAACCGCAUUGGUCAGAAAAAGCAUUUAAUUUUAAAUAUACAUUGGAAAUAUUUAACUGUUAUAGUACAUAUACAAUGGUUAAAUUAUUAU